GUCCUGCUAGCUAUCUUAGAGAAGACCGAGAUGCUGCCAGCUCUGCCGUACACCAACGCUGGCACAGUAGCCGCCGGCAUUCAGAACUUUAUCAUCUGCAUGGAAAUGUUCUUCGCCGCCAUCGCUCUGCGCUACGCCUUCCCCUACCUCAUCUACGCCGUGGGGGUGCAUACUGGCGGAGGCGGCGGGAGUGAUGGUGGGGGCGGUGGUGGUAGUGGCGACUACGAAAGUCUGAUCGACGAGAAGGGUCGUCUCUCUAAGGUCUGGAAGAACGAAGUUGUCGGCGUUGGUUAG